AAAAGCAGAGAAAAGCCAAAAACAACUUCAAUCAAGCCAAUGAAACCUCAUUAAAAGUCAAUGAAACCAGACUCACAAACAGCAGAAAACAACCCAGAACAUUACAAAUCACAACAGGAAACAAUUACACAACCGUUGCCUCAUGAAAGGGAAUUUAAAGCCUGGAUUGAAGAGACAGACAGAGCUCCACUGUCGCCUGGCGGCACAGUUUCCCUGCAGCUCUCGUUUGAACACAGCCAACACUUUUUACGAGACAUCCAUCAUCUCAGAUUUCUCUGACAAAGCAGCGGAGGAGGAAAAAAUAGACCCGAUUGAUUUUUGCUUUCCGCGAAGAACAAUAGACGGUGAAGUUGUUGGCAGCGGGAGUCCACAGUCUAUAAACCCCAGAGGAUUGUGGGAUCUUGAAUGUGGGAUUCCCGCCAAACACGACAAAGACCCGGCUUAGCCCACACAAUAGCACGCUGACCCGGCUAUAUUUAAGACCAGCGGGCCAGCUGCCGACCACACCAGCCCCUCACGCUGUGUGUUUCCGCAGGCAGCAUCAGUCUGGUGUCUCUGAAGCAUUUGAACGCAGGUCAUCCCUAAAUAUAAAAACAAUCUGGGCUGUUGGAGCGGAGAGGGACCGGUCAGCGUGAGCCGCCAACACAGCUCACAGAGUGAUGAACGCUUAUGAAGAAUACGGUGAAGAGGAGCUCAGUGACUACAUCAUCCAGCUCGGGAUUCAAGACUCUUGUCAAGAUGCUUUUCUGAAAUCUGCAGCAAGUUUAGAAGCAGCGACGGAUGAAAAUUUGAGAGUCCUGGCUGCCAUCGAGCAAGGUGAGGUCUUGAUGCUCAGGGGGAUGCUGAGGCACACCUUCGCCUUCAGGGAGUCGGACAGCCGCGGCUGGCUUCCCAUCCAUCGAGCCGCAUCCCAGCCAGUCCUGGAAGUUCUGCAGACCGUCUUGAGAUUGGCAGCUCAGGGGCUCAGCCUAGAGGAGAGGACGGCCGUGGGAGGAGAGACGCCGCUGACACUGGCAGUGAAAGCCGGACUGGUGCAGAACGUGAAGAGCCUGCUGGAGUUCGGUGCCUCGCCCCACAACACCAACAGCAAAAACGAGUCGCCGCUUCUGCUCGCGGUGAAGGCCGGCUCUUACGAGAUGACGAACGCUCUGGUUGCUCACAACGCCUGGGUGGAUCAAGUGUGCCGGAAGAAGUGGACGGCGAUGCACGAGGCGGCCAAAGUCGGCAACGUGGACAUCCUGAUGCUGCUGCUGAGGAACGGCGGCCCGGUGAACCAGAAGGACGUGGCGGGGGUGACGCCUCUCGCAGUGGCUGCGGAGCACGGCCACUUCCACAUCGCUGAGAUUCUGCUGAACUGUGGUAGCAGCGUUAACUCUCAGGCCUGCAAUGGGGAAAGUGUCCUGCUCGAUGCGGCAGGAUCAGGAAACACGGCCUGCAUUCAGCUGCUGCUGGACAAUGGAGCCAACCCCAACCUGCCCAGCCUCACGGGACACCUGCCCAUCCACAAGGCCGCGUACGCCGGACACUACGAUGCUCUGAAGAUGCUGAUACCUCUGUCUACCAAGAAGGCCAUCAAAGAGGCGGGUCAGAGCCCGGUCCACUCUGCGGUGGAGGGCGGCCAGAUCCGCUGCCUGAAGCUCCUGUUGGCCUGCGGCUUCGACGUCAACUACCGCAUGAACACCAGAAACUCCGAAAACUACCGGGACAUGAGGAAAAGCGCCUUGUACUUUGCCGUCUCCAACGGGGACGUGCACUGCACCAAAAUCCUGCUUGCGGCCGGGGCCAAGACGGACCUGGACCCGCUGUGCUGCCUCCUAGUGGCGGUCAGGUCGGGGCGCUACGACAUCGUGAAGCUGCUGCUGGCGGCCAAAGCAGACGUGAACCGCUACUUCACGGUGGUGAGCGACACGGUGUUCCCCACGGCGCUGCAGUACUGCCUGAAGGACGAGGUGAUGAUGAGGCUGCUGCUCAACAACGGCUACAAGGUGGAGAGGUGCUUCCAGUGUCACCACGACAACGCUUUUGAAGCUGCGGAUGACAGGAAAAUUCCAUUCUGUGAGAUCAUAAGCCUCAACUGCGUCAUGCAUCUGGCCGGGAGCGUGGUCCGGACGCUGCUGGACUACGUCAGCCACGUCCACAUCUGCUCCAAACUCAGACUCCUCCUGGAGAAGCAGGCAGAGUGGCCCGAAAUAUGUGACAUCCUCAACAGCCCUCGCUCCCUAAAGCACCUCUGCAGACUGGACAUAAGGAGACGUCUGACCCUGAAGAAACUCAACAACCCUGAGGUCAUGAACUCGCACGUUUUCCCUCCCAGAUUGAGGAACUACAUCCUGUACCAGGAGCUCGACCUCUACAGCCAGGACUCUGAAUGCAUCAUGUGAACAUCUCCUGCUCGUUCUGAAAGGAUGUCAACUUUUUUUUUUUUUUUAAUCUUCAUAACCUUUGGUUUUUAUAAGCACAAUACUGUAUUAAUAAUAAACUUACAAAAAGUACAUUUAGCAGUGUUUUGUUCUCUCUCUCUCUCUCUCCACAUUUUAGCCCAUUUACUUUAAGCUAAAUGUACUUUACAUUUUUCCAAAUCACAUUCCUUUUUUCUCACCACACUGUGGAUGCUGAGACAACGUUGCUAGACUCUUGUCUCACAUAUCCAGACAUUACUUCACAGCACAGCGGAGUAGCUAACGUUAGAUGCUAGCUAUACUGACAGUCAUAAAAGCCCGUGCUCAAGUGGAGCUCUGUACCCAACUGACAGACUCACUAUUUCAGCUUAGAAUUGCAGUAGGAGCCGCUAGGAACCGCUAGGAACCCCGCAAACUCGCCGUCCUUUUCCACCGGACCCAAAUACACACUUUAUUAGCUUAAAAUUACAGCAACAGUCGCUAAACACACUGCUAACUCACAGUCCUCUCUUCCUGAUUUACAGCCCCCCCCCCCGUCUCUUGGCUUGAAAUAACUCACCACUGUUGGCUUCGGGUUGCUGAACACGCUGCAAACAGCUGUGGCCCGCUUGCCUGGUCCUUCGGUAACGUUAGCAGUUAGCAGGGUUAGCAUGGCGACGUUAGCCAGGACCAGUCGGGAUCAGAAUUCAGCAACACAGGACUUUCACCCAGGAGACCGGGGUUUGUGUCCCGUUCUUGUGCCACGUCACUUAAAAGUACAUUUUGUAGCCCCACCCACCAUCUAUUUCUAUACCUAACUGUCCCGUUCUUGUGCCGAAUGUCUGUUUAACGUACAUCCAGCACCCAGAGUGCCAAAAUGUGACUUUAUGAGUCCCGACUAAGUGCGUCUAAAUACGAAGCCAAAGGGUUAAACGCGAGUCCCGAAAGCAUCAAAUAGUGAGACUCAGAGCCCCGACCAAGCGCGUCUAAACAUGACGCUAAAGUAGUUUUUUUGCGUCAAUAACAAACGCGAGCGUCGCUUUUUGACGCGAUGGGAGUGAGAAUGUGACUUGACAGAUUUGAAAUAUCAUACAUCUGAUGCAAGAACUUAAGAAAUAUGAUGUAUUUUUCUUUUCAGCCUCAAACCAACAAUGAAGUGAGCUACUAACAGGUGUUGUGUGUGUGUGUAUAUCAAACAUCCAGUCUCUGUAUUUGAAGUGUCAUGCAUUCUUUAAAUCGUCACUGAUUGUUGAUCACCUGAUGUCUGUAAGUCACAGCAUAUUGAUGAUGGAAGUUCGAUUGCUUGUGUGAUAACUUCAUCUGCAAUAAUUUAUGAUUUUGAAUGAAAAUUAAAGAUUCAGUCCCCGGUUCUGUAAUGUUAUUUCUCACCAAUAAAAAAGUAUU